AUGCGCGGAGUCGAAGCCCUUGCGUUCCUCGCCACUGUCGGCGCUGCCUACGGCCAGAGCACGGUCGGAUUCGGCCCCUACUUCUCCCUGGGCCCGACCCAGUCGUGGAUCCGCGAGGCCAACACGACGCUGGUGCUGCCGGAAGCUCCCAGCCCCCAGAAGGACCGUCUGGCCCUCUGGCCCGGCAUGGGCACCAGUGGCGGUGACCUGAUCCAGGCUCUGGCCGUCUCCUUCUCCGACCCCAAUGCCAACUGCGGCGCGAGUGCCGGGCAAUGGUGUACCUGGGCCAGCACGCUCGAGGGCACCCAGUUGGGCGGCAAGGAAGUCCCGGCCUCGGCGGGCGACAGGAUCACCAUGCACUACAAGUACAACGACAGCACCAGCAAGUACGACCAGACGGUCUCGAUCAACGGCGAGGUGGUGUCCACUCUGUCGACCAGCUCCGGCCAGGCCCAGGGCUGGGGUACGGCGGUCGAAUGCCAGGACGAUGCAUGCCAGAGCACCACUGCCGCUCACGAGUACCUGGACACCACCAUCAUCCUCAACGCGGCGGACACCUCGUUCGGCGACACGCUGUCCAUCAACGAGGCCACCUCGUCCGGCCUGAAGACCACGGAUGAUGGUACGACCUGGGAGGUGUCGACCAUCAAGAUCGAGUCCCACACCUACGAUCUAUGA